AUGGCAGAAUACGUAGGAGAUAAUUCUAGGACUGAAAGCAGCGAUGAGAGUGGGCCCUUUGACGAAUGGAUCCCGUCGUUCUGUGCGAGGUUCGGACACGAAUAUUUUUGCCAGGUUCCCUCGGAGUUCAUCGAGGAUGACUUCAACAUGACCGGACUGGCCCAGGAGGUGCCGCACUACCGCAAGGCCUUGGAUUUAGUGUUGGAUUUGGAGGCGAUGAGCGACGACGAGGGCCAGGAGUCCGAGGAGCCGGUGAGUCGCAGUAUCGUGGAACAUGCUGCGGAGCAGCUGUACGGACUCGUGCACGCGCGGUACGUGCUGACCAAGCCGGGAUUGCAGGCGAUGGCGGAGAAGUUUGACCACAAGGAGUUUGGAACAUGUCCCCGGUACUACUGCGCUGGGAUGCAGAUGCUGCCAUGCGGACUGACAGACACGCUAGGGAAACUGACGGUGCGGCUGUACUGUCCUAGCUGCCAGGACUUGUAUCUGCCGCAGUCGUCGCGGCACCUCUGCCUGGAGGGUGCGUUCUGGGGCACGUCGUUUCCCGGCGUGUUUUUAAAGCACUUCAAAGAACUCGAGGACUACGUGGACCGCAAGACCAAAGAGACCUACCAGCUGAAGGUGUUUGGGUUCCGCAUCUCGGACGAGGCGCCCUCGGGGGAGCGCAUGCGUUGGCUAAGACAGUAUCCGAAGACAGAGGAAGAGCUCUCGGAGCUGGAGAAGUGCGAGUUCCAGAUCCCCGAGGUCAAAUAG